AGUUUCGCGGGAUUUAGGCUGUGCGCAUGCGUCUUGCAUUCAGUUUAGCGCGGGUCUACACAAGGAUAACAACUGCUAACCGUUGCUCACGACCCGGUUUAGCAACGUUUAUCAAAUUUACAUUUGUUUUUAAUAAGUUAUAGCCGGUAUGUGGAAUCAGGGAGGAUACACCGAGUCUGGGAUGGUCGGGGGUUACACUCAGUCUCCUGGAGGCUUUGCAUCCCCUGCCCUAUCCCAGGGAGGAGAGAAGAAAGGGAGGACCCGGGCUACACAAAUCAUCCCCUGCACUGUGUCCCAGCUGAUGUCUGCCUCACAGGCUGAUGAGGUCUUCAGAGUGGGAGAUGUGGAAGUGACACAGGUCACCAUUGUGGGGAUCAUAAGAAGCACAGACAAAUCUAUGACCAAUAUCCAGUACAAGGUGGACGACAUGACUGGUGCCCCUAUGGAUGUGAAGCAGUGGGUCGACACUGAGGACCCAAGUGUAGACAGCACGGUUUUGCCCCCAGGAACUUAUGUCAAAGUCUCCGGAAAUCUGCGCUCCUUUCAGAACCACAGAUCUGUUGUAGCCUUCAGCGUCAGGCCCCUGGCAGACAUGAAUGAGAUCACCUCGCACAUUCUGGAGGUUGUGCAGGCACACAUGGCACUCUGCAAACCUCAAACCAUGCCAGGUAACGGUGGAGGAAUGGGUGCUAGCAGCACAUCAAUGGUCCGCCAAGGCCUGGGGAUCACCGGAGGAAGCUAUGCAGGUGCUAACGAGAACCCACUGAUGGUCAUUAACGGGUUAAGUGCGAAUCAGAACCAGGUGCUAAGUUUGAUAAAAGGUUGUCCGGACCAACAGGGUAUCAGCAUUCAAGACCUGAAGCAAAGGCUCAGUGGCAUAAGUCUUGCAGUGAUCAAGCAAGCAGUGGAAUUCCUGAGCAACGAAGGUCACAUCUUUUCAACCAUAGACGAGGAUCACUACAAAUCAACAGACAAUGACAACUAACCCACUUCAUCUUUGAAGCAUUUGUGGAGUUGCAUGUUUCAAUUUAAGCUGUCGGCGUCAUUAGAAAAGAGUUCAAUUAAAACGCUGGGAGCACUUCACCUCUAUCACCGAGGAACUGAAUUAAAUAUUGACGUCACUUAAGUUAAGAUACUUUGGCCAGUGUUGAAGAACACAGGGCUUGAGCAAACAUUUGGUUUCCACAUCCUGUAUUCCCUGAGUUCACUUCUGCAUCUGAGCAAGUCAGAAAAGAGACUGGUUAUGUUUCUUGUUGCAGUUAGUCUUGAAAUACCGCACAUCCUCCUCCUGUAUAACAUUUUGUACUUUUAAAGAUUUGCAAAAUAUGUACUUUGUUUGUUUUGCUUGUAUAAUUCACCUUUGCUAAAAUUAAAGAUUCUACAAAAA